AUGGACCGUAGCCUGGAUGAGAUCAUCGCCGAGCGUCCUAAUACGCUUUUCAGCAGCAGAGGCAAAACCGUGGCGGCCGUCGCCCUCAAGGUCAAGGCCAGGGUCAAGGUCGUCGCCGUGAUGGCUGAUUGGGUCCACGACAAAUACGAAGACGACAGAGAGACACGCCCAUCCCGAGGCGCUCGCCGUCCGCGUGGUGACCGUUAUUCGCCGCCGCUGGAACACGGAAACGGUCCAUCGGGAUCUAAGAUUCGCGUCGAGAACAUCCAUUACGAUAUUACCGAGAGUGAUUUGGAGGAAUUGUUCAAUCAGAUUGGACCCGUGACCAACUUGUCGCUUGUCUACGACCGAGCAGGACGCUCCGAAGGUCUCGCCUUUGUUACCUACAACCGCGCCAGCGAUGCCAGAACCGCCAUUAGCGAAUUCGACGGUGCGAACGCCAAGGGUCAGCCGAUCCGUUUGACCCUUAUUGCCUCCGGUGCCGGAAGACGAGACCGCAACCCGUUUGACAAUGUUGAGAGACCGAGAGGAAGUCUGAUGGAUCGCGUCGAGCGACCUCGCGAUUCCCGGAGUCUUAGCCCGGGAGGCGACGGUGACGGCGAACGCCGUCGUGGUGGACGUCGUGGUGCUGCUGGUGGUGGACGCGGCCGACGCAGCGACGUAUCUAAGCCUGCUCCAGAAAACAUCGAUCGGUACGUACCCGGCCAGCGACAGCGCUCGCCGGCUCGCAGAGGCGGCAACGGACGCCGCCGCGAUGGCCGCCGCGACAACAAUACCAACGACAACAACCGAUCGGACGGCCGCCGCACAGUCAACGGCAGACCCCGGAAGACACAGGAAGAGCUCGACCAAGAGAUGGAAGACUACUGGGGUGGUGCUAACGGGGGUGCCGAAACGGCUGACAAGCCAGCCGCUGUCCCUGAGGAGCCACAGCAGGCUGCUGCACCGGCCACUACCGCGCCGGCUGGUGACGACGAUGUCGACAUGAUCGAGUAG